GCUUAGGCGCCGCUGCAAGAGAGGCAGGUGCCGGAAAACGUACCUUGUUGGAAGAAUAUGCUAACGCAGCUGCAGCAGAAAUUAAGGCUUCCCCUGCAAAUCCAUCUCUCUCUGUCUUCGGAAGCACCUUACUUUUUAGAGAUGUUUCUUGCAAGGGGACCACGAAAGCGGUGGUCUCAGGAUGGACGACCUCGAAAUGUAUUUUUAGGGUGAGCUGCUCUAAAGAAAGCAAAAAGCCACUUGCUCUCAGCAAACCUUCUACGAAUGACAAUCUUGGCAGUGCUGUUUUUACCAAAGUGCAAGCAGAUCCGAAGUUUUCUGGUCUGCGUAAGCUCUGGACAACACAAAAGAUCAAGAAAACUGAUGUCGAGAAACAGUUGCAAGCGAAAUUGACAGAAGUCGCUGACGGGACAAGGAAAGUCAAGAAGAAAACCGCUUUCUCUGGCGGGUCUGCGGACGACGCUUUUCUGCGCGAGUUAGUCGUGUUGCAGGAAAAAGAGAAGCUGCAGGAAGGGGGUGGUGAAGGUGUACGAUGA